UAUUACCUCACCAUCAAUGGAUCUUGGCUUGAAAGAUACCCGUGUUCUGCUCACAGGAGCAAAUGGCGGGAUCGGUUUUGUAACCGUGAAGCUCUUCCUCGAUCAAGACGCAGAUGUAGUCGCGCAUUAUAACACGAGCAACAGUUCUUUAAAGGAACUCGGAGGAGUCCCAAAUUUUUCGACUGUGCAGGCAGAUCUCACACAGGAAUCCGAUGUUCUGAAGCUCUUCGACACUAUCGGAGACAAGUCGAUUCAAGUGCUCGUGGUCAACCAUGCGAUCUGGCCGAAGCAAGAUGCACCAAUUGCACAGAUGUCUCUUGAGCAAUGGAACAAGACCGUUUCAACCAACUUAACAGGCUCUUUCCUUGUCAUUCGCGAGUUCCUCCGACGACUGGACAAACCCGAAGUAUCUGCCGCAACUCGUGACAAAGCAGCUAUCGUCAUUAUCGGAAGCACAGCUGGUAAAGUCGGAGAAGCCGGUCAUGGAGACUAUUCAGCUACAAAAAGCGCUUUGAUGUACGGCUUCCUUCUGACGCUCAAGAAUGAAAUUGUCAAGAUUGCACCCAAGGGCCGUGUCAACUGCGUCGCUCCAGGAUGGGUUAGCACGCCGAUGGUACAACAGACAAUUGCAAAUCCAGCUGUAGUUUAUCAAGCCCUCGCGACGACACCAAUGAAGAAGAUAGCAACGCCGUCUGACGUUGCUCAUCAGAUUGUUGUUCUCGCUUCUCCAAUUGUAUCUGGCCAUGUUACCGGCCAAAUCAUCAUGGUUGAAGGAGGAAUGGAGGGCAGGCUACUGAACAAGCCUGAGGAUCUAGGACUAUAAAGGAUUGAGAAAUAAGUAAGGAGAAAUAAAUAGGAUUGUAUAACACAUGAAAUGAAGAAAAUGAAAUGCUACGAUAAGCAAAAGCGAC